AAACACUUCCAUAUGUAUCUGUGCCUUCUUUGCAUAUAAAGGCAUAUCCCCAGCCCCAGCUCUCACGCUACCCUCUCUCUCUCUCUCUCUUCUCCCUCUCCAUCUUCAACUUCAUCCCUCCAACUAUCUCCCUCAGGAAGCUCACUUGAAACUGGGACACGGCUUAGAACUCAUCAGAGGUGCAGAAGGAAUGCGGCCGCCACCUUCAGUUAUUGUGCCAGCGGCAGCUCACACCGCAGUCCGCGUCCCCUUGCCAGAACCUCCGGUGGGCCUGGACGCGUGCGACCCCCGACCCUGCAGGUGGGUGCCGCCAGUCUCCCGUUUGUCCGGGUCGGGGGACUUCGAGGCCAACGCCAUCGUUGUCCUGAUCGUCCUCCUCUGUGCACUUGUCUGCGCGCUGGCCCUCCACGCCGCCAUCCGUUGCUUCCUCCGAGGCGGCAGCUCCCAGCCCCAGCCCCAGCUCCCCACCAAUAGCACUGCACCCGACCAGAAGCCGGCGGUGGUCCUGGUACCCCCAGUGGCGUACACAGAGGAGUUGGGGCUGGCCGGGGCGGAUUGCGCCAUAUGCUUGACCGAGUUCGAGGAAGGGGAAGCGGUGAGGGUACUGAAGAGGUGCAGGCACGGUUUCCAUGCGGAGUGCAUAGAGAGAUGGCUCUGCUCCCACGCGUCUUGCCCGAACUGCCGCAGCAGCUGCUGUGCUCCAGCAGAGUCCUCUUCUUGUUCAUCUCCGGCUAAGACGCCAUCUUCGGAUCAGCCGAGGGAGCGCGGGGAGGACUGCAGUCGAGAUGGAGGAGAGGAACCGGGGAGCAGCUCGGGGCAGCUCUGAUUAAGAGAUGAGUAGUUCAUUUUGAUUUAAUUACUCAUUACAUAACGGGAAGGAGAGGCCCAAAUGUUAUUUUGGGGACGUACGACACGAGGCCUCGACCGACUUGAAGUAGAGAGAUGAUUAUCACUGUUAGUUCGUGUUUGUUGUUAAUUGAUUUGGGCACGGGCAGAUGACUUCUGCCUCCAUAUUGUACAAAUCAUUGGGUGGAACAGCAAGAUGGUUCGAGUGCCUGCCAUCGGUCGAAAACUACAAUGUUUUGGAAGUUUGCAGCUCCCCAUUGAGUGAUCCUUGUGGAAAAGAAUAAAAAAGGAAAGAAGGAAGAAAUAGCGAUACGUAUAAUAAUUCCAUGACAGUACUAUCUCAUGAUUGUCCACGUAUCAUGUUUUUAUGUUGGCUGUGGUUACUGGACAUAAUUCCUUUGCU